AUGGCCGACAACGUGAGCUCCAGAAUUGAUACCCCAACCAACAUCUCCCUGACCCCCACCGUCGCUGUCUCCGAGUCCCUGGAGUACAAGACGGUGUCUGUGUUCCUGGUCCUGCUUGUGUGCGGCGUGGGCAUCGUGGGUAACAUCAUGGUGGUCCUCGUGGUGCUCACCGCACGCCACAUGAGGACACCCACCAACUGUUACCUGGUGAGCCUGGCCAUAGCUGACCUGACUGUGCUGGUGGCGGCAGGGCUGCCCAACGUUUCGGACAGUCUAACAGGAACCUGGGUGUUUGGGCACGCCGGCUGUCUGGGAAUCACCUACCUGCAGUACCUGGGCAUCAACGUGUCAUCCUGCUCCAUCACUGCCUUCACUGUGGAGAGGUACAUAGCAAUCUGCCAUCCAAUGAAGGCUCAGACGGUGUGUACAGUUUCACGGGCGAAGCGGAUCAUUGCCGGAGUUUGGAUCUUCACCUGCGUCUACUGCAUGCUGUGGUUUUUCCUGGUGGACAUUCAGGUGAGCCAGGACGGACAUGUGCAGUGCGGGUACAAGGUGAAGCGGGAGCUCUACCUGCCCAUCUACCUCAUUGACUUUGCCAUUUUUUACGUCAUCCCGUUGCUCCUGGCCAUCGUGUUGUAUGGAUUGAUAGCACGCGUCCUCUACCUCAGCCCUCUGCCCAACCAUCCUGAAACCAGUGCCACCACGCUGCGUCGAAGCUGCCGGGAAACCUCUGAAGCGGGUAAGGGUGGUCGCCAGAGCCGUCUAAAGAGCGCGCUCUCCUCAAGGAAACAGGUGACCAAGAUGCUUGCAGUAGUGGUGAUCCUCUUCGCUCUGCUGUGGAUGCCCUACCGGACUCUAGUUUUGAUCAACUCUUUUGUGUCCACACCCUAUCUGGAUGCCUGGUUCCUGUUGUUUUGUCGGACAUGUAUCUAUGCCAACAGUGCUAUCAACCCUGUGAUAUACAAUGCCAUGUCUCAGAAGUUCCGCUCUGCAUUUCGCGGGCUGUACCGUUGCCAGCAGCCAAACGGACAUCAGAGGACGCUGUCAGUGAUUCAGACCGGCUUCGGCACCAUCCGAGACUCACAAACCUCUCAGGCCAACAGCAAUGGAACCAAUGAAAAGGCCAGAGGAGCCAUCAUGAGUCCUGCCACUGGUACGACCGUGAAGCAGAACGGAAGCAGUCAUCAGGAGACACCAGCAGUCAAUGGCAUGGAGGCAGACCAUCCCAAUGACACCAGAGAUGGUACCACUUACAGUUUUGGUGUUGUUCCAGUUGAGACGUCUCCACCUGGUGAUGGAAAGGUGGAUUGGCCAUCAUCAAAUGAAAACACGCUUAAUGUUGCAGACACACACCCAGCAGAUGAUCAGCAGGAAAUCAUAUUUAUGCUCAUCAGCUUCAAACUGCGGUUGGACGUUAGGCUGACACGACUCACACCUCACAGACAAGAGUUGCUGGCUGCUUUCCACCGCAUCUGGGAGAACAGGAUGCACUGGCUCCCCUCCUCUUCCACCCCAUCCAAGACUUUUAUGCUCAUCAGCUCCACUCCAUCACCCAUGCGUCACAAGCUAGCUGACUGUUUUCCGCCCCAUCUGGGAGAAGUGGACGCGUUGGCUCCCCCUGCUGCUCUUCAACCCCGACCAAGGAAAUUCAAUUCCAGCAUCACCCAACUGGAUUUUGAUCACAGGACAGAAAACAGACCAAUCACAGGACAGAUCACUAACAUCACUGACAACAUUAACAUCAUUAACAUCACCGACAUCACUGACAUCACUGACAUCACCGACAUCACUAACAUCCAUGACAUCACUGAAAUCACUGAUAUCACCGACAUCACUAACAUCCAUGACAUCACUGAAAUCAUUGAUAUCACUGAAUUCACUGUCGAAUAUCAGAUCAAUCACAGUUUGUUAUUCCUGUGA